CGCCUUCUGGUUGUGCAUAACCGGAAGGAAGCUAAGAUGGUCCCAAGAAGCAAUUUUAUUGGACCCAACGCUGCAAUCAGAAGGAUCUCUCUUUCAGUUGAGCUAGAGGCUGCAACAGAUAUUUCCAGAAGGGAAUAUCUGUUGCAGCAGCUAGACAAGGUGCUAUCAGAUGACCGCUGUGCACAAGUGACUAAACACCUGGCAGAGACGAUCAUUCUGGAGCACAAGAUCACCAAUUCUCACUUCACGAACUGGGAUGAUCGUUUCGAUCAUUUGGAGCAUCGGGUUGACGACCUGGCAGCUCAGCAGUCCAAGAUUCUGGAUGCGAUUCAGAACUUGACUGCUCAGCUGUCAGCCGCCAAGCUGAUUGCCCCUCAGCUCCCACUGAUCAAGCCCAAACCUUCUCCUCCUUCUACCCCUCCUUCAUCUCCCCCUGGAUCUGUGCAUUCUUCCCGGACACCAUCCCAUUCCCAAAAAGCCUCAGGCAAACCCACCUAUGCUGCUGUUACUGCAGGAGAUCACAUAGGUCCCAAGAACCCUGCUCCCAACAAGUUCAGGGGCGAUGACCCCAAGACCGAUGUUGGGGACUGGGCUGCUGGGACCAAAGCCUACUUGAGGGGCUUUGUCUGUGUAGAACAGACCAAGGUGGCGACUGUUCUGGGACUGUUGGAGGGACCUGCAUUGAAGUGGGCCACCUCUACCUCCAGCAGUCUGCAACAGUCCAUGGAGGACUGGGCUUUUGGGCUUGGGGUGGACAGACUUCUGCAGGCCCUGGAGGACCGAUUUGCAGACAAGGAGCGGGCCCGCAAGGCUGCUGACAGGAUUGCUCGCCUGGAACAGCAGAGAUACAACGGUACCGUGCAGGCCUUGUUUGCUGAGUUCGAGCAGCUGACCUCCACCCCUGGGUUGGUCAUGUCAACUGAUGAUUUGCUGACCAACUUCUGCAAGGCAUCGUUUGAGAAGUUUGUUGUUGCUUUGUACAACUCUGGGCACAAGGACUGGAGGUCCUUUGGCCAUGCAGCCCUGGACAUGGAGGCAAAGCUUCAUGUUCAGGCCCCAUCCUCUGACAGGAGGAAAGGUGCCUUCCCUAGAGAGGUGGCAGAAAGGGAAAGGCAGCCAUUACUCAUGCGGGAUCUGCAUCAGGUGGUAGAUCAGUAUGCUGAUCUGAUGCAGGAGCCCUUUGGGUUACCCAACCGGCCAACCAAGCAUCACAUCGAGCUGCUGCCUGGAGCGGUCCCUCCCAAGGGCCGCAUCUACAGGAUGUCCCCUGCUGAGCCUGAGGAGCUCAUAAAGCAGCUUGAGACCCUGACGAGCAAGGGCUGGAUCAGACCCAACACUUCUGAAUUCGGUGCACCAGUUCUCUUUGUACCCAAAGGGAAUGGCGAGUUCAGAAUGUGUAUUGACUACAGGGAUCUCAACAAGAUCACUAGGAAGAGUACAGAGCCACUUCCUAGGAUCGAUGACCUCCUGGACAUGGUGCAAGGCUGCACAGUGUUCAGCAAAGUCGACCUCAAAUCUGGCUACCACCAGAUUGAGAUGGCAGAGGAGGAUGUCUACAAGUCAGCCUUCAAGACCAGGUACGGGACUUAUGAGUUCCUGGUCAUGCCAUUCGGACUUUGCAAUGCCCCAGGCACCUUCCAGACAGAGAUGCACCGCAUCUUCAGGCCUUACCUGGACAAGUUCAUGGUGGUCUACCUGGAUGACAUCCUGGUAUUCAGCCGAACUGCCAGGGAGCAUGCGGAGCACUUGGCUCUUGUCCUUCAGUCGUUACGUGAUAGCCAGUACAACAUCAACAGAGAGAAGUCCUCUUUUGGAGUUCCCUCUGUCAUCUACCUGGGUCACGUAAUCUCUGGAGAUGGCCUGGCUCCUGAAGCAGUCAAGAUUGCUGCUAUUCAGGAGUGGCUUCAGCCAUAGAUAGUGAGGGAUGUCAGGUCCUUCAUGGGUCUAGCCUCGUACUACAGGAAGUUUGUCAGGAACUUUUCUGCAGUGGCUGCACCCCUGACCAAUCUAACAAAGAAAGAUACUCUCU